AUGCUUGAAAACAAAGACCAUGAUUCUACAACGACGAAGAAGACACGUUUACCACGGCACGAAUAUCGAAAACAUAUCAAACUGAUCAAACGACGUCAAAAACGACAGACAUUGGCAGCCAAUCGACAUGCUGCUGAAGAAAAACGUUGUCAAGAAAAAGACGAACAGGAAAAACAACACUACUUGGAACAAAAGGCUCAGUGGGAAGAAAGGGAAAGAAACUAUACACUUAUCAAUAUGGCACGUAAAAGAGUGAUGGAAACUGAAAAAAGAGCAAGACAAUUGGCAAUGGACAAGUGGCAUGCAAGUUUACGUGAAUUACCUAUACCAAAACCACCUGGUUAUUCAAGCAGUACUUCAAUAAAAGAUUCUCCUACUCAAUUGUUUGUACUUUCGUCCACUUCACAAUCAUCAACAACAGACCGUAGAAGAACUUAUAGAGACAAGUUUGAACAAUCAAAGAAAUCAAAAUGA